AUGACACAGGUGAUGAAAUGCGUUGGAGCUUCACGAAAGAUAUUCGCUCUAAUGAAUCACGAUUCUGACAACGCUUCUAAGGGAAUUGAAAAACCGGAAAUAUCAGGAAAGAUAGAAUUAACUUCGGUACACUUUGUAUAUCCAUCAAGACCAGAUAGAAAAGUAGUAGAGGACUUGAAUUUGGCGAUCGAGACGGGUAGCACUGUUGCUUUUGUGGGUAGCAGUGGAGGAGGAAAAUCUACUGUAGUGGCGUUAAUCGAGCGUUUCUACAAGCCAACGAGUGGUUCGAUAUUGAUGGACGGAAUCUCUAUUGAAGAGAUCGAUCAUGAAUACUACCAUGAAAAGAUAGCGCUAGUUGCACAAGAGCCGGUGCUUUACAAUGGCACUAUUCGUGAGAACAUUCUCUAUGGUUGCGAGUGGGCUACGGAAGCUGAUAUGCUGAGAUCUGCUCAGACUGCAAAUGCACAUGAUUUCAUA